AUGCAUCCGACACUUCUAGCUCUUCCUACCACCUUAUCACCUGGGGAAGUCACCGAGACACCACCCCUGAUACAAGGCACCAAGACACCACCCCUGAUACAAGUCACCGAGACACCACCCCUGAUACAAGGUACUGAGACACCACCCCUGAUACAAGUCACCGAGACACCACCCCUGAUACAAGGCACCGAAACACCACCCCUGAUACAAGUCACCGAGACACCACCCCUGAUACAAGUCACCGAGACACCACCCCUGAUACAAGGCACCGAGACACCACCCCUGAUACAAGUCAUCGAGACACCACCCCUGAUACAAGGCACCGAGACACCUUCCCUGAUACAAGUCACCGAGACACCACCCCUGAUACAAGGUACCGAGACACCACCCCUGAUACAAGGUACCGAGACACCACCCCUGAUACAAGGCACCGAGACACCACCCCUGAUGCAAGUCACCGAGACACCACCCCUGAUACAAGUCACCGAGACACCACCCCUGAUACAAGGCACUGAGACACCACCCCUGAUACAAGUCACCGAGACACCACCCCUGAUACAAGUCACCGAGACACCACCCCUGAUACAAGUCACCGAGACACCACCCCUGAUACAAGGCACCGAGACACCACCCCUGAUACAAGGUACCGAGACACCACCCCUGAUACAAAUCACCGAGACACCACCCCUGAUACAAGGCACCGAGACACCACCCCUAAUACAUGUCACCGAGACACCACCCCUGAUACAAGGCACCGAGACACCACCCCUGAUACAAGGCACCAAGACACAAUUCAUCGCCAGAUUUCUGUAG